AUGCAACUAAUCUCAAGCGGUAGCAUCUUGCUGCCUAUUUUACUCAUUGCAAUUUGCGUCUAUUCUAUCAGCAAAAUCAUCUACAACAUCUUCCUUCAUCCCCUCCGCGAGUACCCAGGUCCACUCCUAUGCAAGGCCAUAGAAUAUUACCGAAUCUCUCGGUUCAUGAGCGGCAGACUUCCGCACUGGCUCGAAGACCUCCAUAAAAUUUACGGUCCAGUGGUGCGAAUCGCGCCCAACGAGCUCUCAUUCAUCCAUCUCGAAGCCUGGAAAGACAUCUACUCACAGAUAAAAUGUGAAAAAAGCACAGCACCCGAAUUCCACAAGUACGACAAGUUCUAUGGCUUCAUGGGACCCAAGAUGGAGGACAAUAUCCUCAACGCGGGUUACGACGAGCAUGUAUAUCUUCGGCAGCAUCUGGCCCCUUGCUUUGCCACCAAGAGGCUAGAAGCUCGAGAGCCCGUCCUGAGGAAAUACACCGAUCUGCUAAUCUACAGACUGAGAGAGGAGUUCAAAAACGGGACGACGAGCUUAAACCUACGUGACUGGUUUACAUACUUUACGUUUGACGUCAUUGGUCAUCUUGGUUUUGGCUCUGACUUUGGAUGUCUUCGCACCUCCAGGUACCACCCUUGGGUCGGAGCCCUGACCAAAAACCUGAAAGAGUAUCGAUGGAUCCAGUUCUUGAUGUACAUGGGACUGGAUAAGCUAGUCCACCUCAUUACGAAUAGCACCUUUUUGAGGGCUAAGAUGAUGCAUGAGAAUUUGACAAUGGAGAUGCUCAAACGCAGCUUGGAGGAUCCGGACAUGACUAGAGAUACGACUGGGCUACUUGAUGCGCUUACUAGCUUGAAGUAG